AUGCUCCUAUGCGAAUUUCGUGGUGAUAUGAUCGCUUUAAAGAGUGUAGACUUAUCGAAGGCCCCAUCGUAUGUCCUAGAAGAAAUGAAAAAAGAAGUUGAGAUUUAUAAAGACUUAGCGUUUGCUGACAUCCAAGGCAAGUAUAUCCCAAAGUUGAUCUGUCAUGGAUAUUAUGGAGGAGAAGCAAUUCACAAGCACGGUAUCCUUCACAAUGAUAUUCGAGAGGAAAACAUCUUAAUUAAUGAUAAUGGAUAG